AUGCUCAAAUCAACCUACAAGCCCUCGGUCGCCGCGGCUCCUCUGCCGCCCGGAUGGACCGAGCACACCGCUCCCACCGGGCACAAAUACUACCACAACACGGAAACCAACGUGUCCACCUACCAGCGGCCCGGUGCGGCGCCGCAGGCCCCCCAGCCAGCCCGAGACGCCUACUCGCCGUACGCUCACCUGCCUUCCCUGGCCGACCCCCGCGUUGCCAACGCGUAUCUUGCGCAGGCCAACGCCCAGCAGAACCGGCCUCGCGAUCCGCGUGACCGCGGGCGGGCCAGCGGAGGGCACGACCGACGGCCCAGGCCGCAGCCCGUCGAUAAGCCCCGGAGGGUGGAGGAGAUCCCCGGGUGCGAGCCGUGGGUGCUGGUGUAUACCAAGUACUCGAGGCGGUUCGCCCACAACCCCGUCAAGAAGGCCAGCUACUGGCGCAUCCCCGACAAGCUCACCCAGGGGAUCCUGGAGCUUGACAAGGCGCGGAUACGGGACAAGGCCGCUGGCCAACAAGCCGGCGUGAACAACGGCCAGGACGUGGUUUCCGAGCCCAGGGAGCAGACGGCGCCGCAGCGUCAAGACGAAAGCGACAGCGACGAAUACGAGGAAGUGGAGGUGGAGGUGGAGGUGUCCGAUGAUGAUGAUGAUGGUGAUGGUGAUGGUGAUGAUGAUGAUGAUGAUGAAGGAGGAGGAGGAGGAGGAAAGGGAAACUGUGGCGACGACGGCGACGCCGAAAGCGAGCAUCCCUCGAAAAGACGGCGGACGGGCCACGCUUCCCGGGGCGAUGGCACCGGCGGGCAAGGGGACGGGCAACACGGUCCCGUCGAGUUCACCGAAGCCGACAUCGCCGCACAGCUCCAAGCCAUGGGCGAAGACUACGGGCUGGAACCGGGCGACUACGACGACGGGAACAUGGAAAACUGGCCCGAAGGCACCCACGGCGUCGACUUUUCCCAAGACGACGCCAAGGCCCUCUUCAAGGACCUCCUCAACGACCUCGGCGUCAACCCCUACAGCCCGUGGGACAAGACCCUGGAACAAGGCGGGCUCGUCAACGACCCGCGCUACACGGCGCUGGACACGACGCGCGCCCGCAAAGAAUGCUGGGACGAGUGGGCGCGCGGCAAGAUCGCCGAGCUGAAGGAGGCGCGGGCCAGGCAGGAGACCAAGGACCCCCGGGUGGCGUACAUGGCCUUCCUGCAGCAAAAGGCCACGCCCAAGCUGUACUGGCCAGAGUUCAGGAGAAAGUACAGGAAGGAGGAGCCCAUGAGGGACCCGAGGCUCCGGGACAAGGACCGCGAGAAGGCCUACCGCGAGCACAUCAACCGGCUCAAGCUGCCCCUGGCGACGCUCAAGGCCGAUCUCGCGGCGCUGCUGAGGAGCCAGCCCGCCCGCCUGCUGCACAGCCAGUCGUCGACGGCGAACCUGCCGGCCCAGGUGCUGGUCGACAGCCGGUACGUCUCGCUGGAUCCGCGGAUCCGCGACCCCCUGGUCGAAGCCUACGUGCAAGGCCUGCCCCCGCCUCCCGAGGAUGCUGCUGCUGCUGCUGCUGCUGCUGCUGCGGGAGGAGGGGACGAGAACGACGAGGCCAGGGCGAGGGAGGCGAGGGCGCGGCGCGAAAGGGCGCUGCGCGAGAGGAACUGCGCCGUGGAAGAGCAGAAGAGGCGGAGGGACAGGGAGCUCGCGGCCAGCAAAGCCCGGCUCAGGGACGAGGAGCGGGAGCUGGAGAGCGCCAUGCGGGUGGGCAAGAGGGGCCUGCAGAGUCAGUUGGCCGAGGCGUCGCAUGCUGGGAACCAAGACUCCGAGUCGUUGAUGUAA